GUGCACUGGUUCAAAACGAGCUUGUGAAUGUUUUUUUUUUUUUUUUUAAAGUCCCUGUGUGUUUGUGCGAGCUGUCUGUCGACUGCCCGGCGGGUGGGGGCGGGGGGGGGAAAAAGAAGCCCGCGAGUGUGUGCGUCAGUGCGCAGCGUUUCGGCGCAUGAGAGAGCGAGAGAGGAGCGUGCACACGGCGCGUCCUUCCUCUCCUGCACGGUUUGCCUCCUCAUCGGCUCUCAUUUGAGCGCGCGAGCGGCCGAGGACACCACUCACGCGCUUCGGAACCAAGGACAUUUGAAAGAAAAAAAAAAAAAGAAAACCAAACCCGACUUGUGUUUUGCGCGUGACGCUUUCUUGCGAAUAUUUUCUGUCAUUUUCAACGCGGGACGAUGCUGCCGUUGUUUAUUUAUUUUGAUGCCCACACGGGCGCGUUUUAAUCAGUGAGGAGAAAACACCUUCCUCCCCUAAACUACCUAUUUUUUGACUUUUUGAAAAAUCAUUUUUUGUUUGAGUUUUUUUUUUUUUUUUGGGAGGGCAAUGGUGUUUCGCCUUUAAGACAGCAGGGGUGCUAUGAAUUUUUAAUUCGUAUGCAUCCGCACGAAGGUGGCACCCAGAGAGAAGGAGAGAGGAGGAAGGAAGAAGAAGCGUGCAAGAAAGUGAGGCGGGACGCCAGAAUGAAUGAAUGAACGAACGAAUGAAUGAGCCACACUCAGCUUCCCCAGCAAGAGCACAUUGCACGACGAGAGGUUGGUAUCCAGAGAGGGCAUAAGCUGAGCCCGCCCAUCCCCUUCCGCCGCUUCGCUGCCACCGACCGCCAUCCAUCAUGGCUCUCGCAGUCUGGAUUGCGUUGACCUGUGCCGUGGCUCUAAGCUACGUCGCGCCGUCCUCUCAAGCGCUGAGCCGGUCGAUGAUGCCCUUUGGCUUGAUGCGACGAGAGCUGGCAUGCGAAGGCUACCCCAUCGAGCUGCGCUGCCCAGGGAGCGACGUCAUCAUGAUCGAGACAGCCAACUACGGGCGCACGGACGAUAAGAUCUGCGACGCCGACCCCUUCCAGAUGGAGAACGUGCAGUGCUACCUGCCCGACGCCGUCAAGAUCAUGUCACAAAGGUGUAACAACCGCACUCAAUGCGUGGUGGUCGCCGGGUCCGACGUGUUCCCUGACCCCUGCCCCGGGACCUACAAGUACUUGGAGAUACAGUACGAGUGCGUCCCCUACAAAGUGGAUCAAAAAGUCUUUGUGUGCCCGGGGACGCUGCUGCGCGUGCAAGCGCCCAGCUCUUUGCAGGAGGCCGAGCACCAGGCAGGCGCGUGGUGCAAGGACCCACUCCAGUCCGGCGAUCGCCUCUAUGUCAUGCCCUGGACGCCCUACCGCACCGACAUGCUCUUCGAGUACAACUCCUGGGAGGACUUCAAACAGAGCCGAGCCACCACUACUUACAAAUGGAGCUGGGAAUCUUAUGGCGUGAAUCCUUACACGCUGCGCUUCGAGGGCACGUGGGAGACCAGCUUUGACAAGCGGGUGGCGUCCAACGCCUUCAUGGCUUGCGGCGUGCUCUACGCCGUGCGCUCCGUCUACCAGGACGACGACAGCGAGGCCGGCGGCGACCUGCUCAUGUACGCCUACAACACCAACCACGGGCGCGAGGAGCCCGUCAAUAUCGCCUUCCCCAACCCGUACCAGUACAUCUCGUCCGUCGACUACAACCCCCGUGACAACCAGCUCUACGUGUGGAACAACUACAACGUGCUGCGCUACCCGCUGGAAUUCGGUCCGCCGGACCCCACCACAGGUCCUCUAACCACCACGCAGGUGACCACCACCCUGGCGGCCCGACCCUUCACCUCCAGCACCAGCCCCUCCACCGCCCGACCAGUGGCUCCAACCCUGCGGCCCAUCGGCUCCAUCAAUAAGCAUCCCGACCUCCGGGCCAUCACGGCCACCGUGCCCGUCAACCGCUGGACACCGCCGUCCUCGCAGGGCCCCCACGUCUGCGAGAGUAAGCUGGUGCGAGGCGUCCAGUGGCCCAGCACGCUGAGAGGGGAGACGGUGGACCGCCCGUGUCCCAAAGGAUCACUCGGUAUCGCUUCAUUCCAGUGUUUGGCCGAGCAGGUCAUGUGGAACCCACGCGGUCCUGACCUGAGCAACUGCACCUCCCCGUGGGUCAACCAGGUAGCCCAGAAGAUCAAAAGCGGCGAGAACGCGGCGAACAUCGCCGGCGAGCUGGCCAACCACACGCGAGGGCGGAUCCAGGCGGGGGACAUCAGCUCGUCGGUGCGACUGAUCGAACAGCUCCUGGACAUCCUGGACGCUCAGUUGCAGUCCCUCAGGCCCGGCAACAAGGAGUCGGCCGCUCGCAACUACAACAAGUUCCAGAAGCGAGAGCGGACAUGUCGGGCCUACAUCCAGGCGGUGGUGCAGACGGUGGACAACCUCCUCCGUCCCGAGGCGCUGGACUCGUGGCAGGACAUGAACAGCACUGAGCAAGCGCACACGGCCACCAUGCUGCUGGACAUUCUGGAGAAAGGAGCCUUCCUCCUGGCCAACAACAUGUACGGGAGUCGCUUCUCCGACCGGGCGGCCAACGUUGAACUGGAGGUGCACGUCCUGAACACAGAGAUGGACCUGCAGGACUUGUCCUUCCCUCUCAACCACGCCAACGACAGCACCAUACAUCUGUCGGCGUCCACCAUCAAGCAGUACAGUCGCAACGGGCAAGUGAAGGUGGUGUUCAUCUUGUACAAGAACCUGGGCUCCUUCCUGUCCACCGAGAACGCCACCGUCAAGAUGGACGCGCGAUCAGCCCACGGCCGGAGGCGCCUGGCGGUCAACUCCCACGUCAUCUCGGCCUCCAUCAACAAGGAGUCCAGCCGCGUGUUUCUCACCGAGCCCGUGGUGUUCACGCUCAAACAUCUACAGUUGGAGAAUUAUUACAGCCCAAACUGCUCCUUUUGGAACUACUCAGAGCGCUCCAUGACGGGCCAGUGGUCUACACAGGGCUGCAGGCUGCUGGAGACCAACAGCACACACACCACCUGUUCCUGCAGCCACCUCACCAACUUCGCCGUGCUCAUGACGCACCACGACACCGACUUCCAGGGCAGAAUGCACGAGCUGAUCCUGUUUGUGAUCACCUGGGUGGGCAUCGUCAUCUCGCUGGUGUGCCUGGCCAUCUGCAUCUCCACCUUCUGCUUCCUGCGCGGCCUGCAGACCGACCGCAACACCAUCCACAAGAACCUGUGCAUCAACCUCUUCAUUGCCGAGCUGCUCUUCCUCAUUGGCAUAGACAAGACCGACUACCAAAUCGCUUGUCCCAUUUUCGCCGGACUGCUGCAUUUCUUCUUCCUGGCCGCCUUCUCGUGGAUGUGUCUGGAGGGCGUGCAGCUCUAUCUCAUGCUAGUGGAGGUGUUUGAGAGCGAGUACUCCCGCAAAAAGUACUACUACCUGUGCGGCUACUGCUUCCCCGCGCUGGUGGUGGGCAUCUCUGCCGCCAUAGACUACAGGAGCUACGGGACCAAGAAAGCAUGCUGGCUGCGGGUGGAUAACUACUUCAUCUGGAGCUUCAUUGGACCCGUUUCAUUUGUUAUUAUGCUCAACCUCGUUCUGCUGAUGAUCACUUUACACAAGAUGAUUCGAAACUCAUCGCCGCUCAAGCCUGACUCCAGCCGUCUGGAUAGCAUCAAGUCGUGGGUGUUGGGUGCCAUCACCCUGUUGUUCCUCUUGGGGCUGACGUGGGCGUUCGGCCUGAUAUUCAUCAACGAGAAUUCUCUGAUCAUGGCGUAUCUUUUCACCACCUUCAACGCCUUCCAGGGCAUGUUUAUCUUCAUCUUCCACUGCGCUCUUCAGAAAAAGGUCCACAAGGAGUACAGUAAGUGUCUGCGUCAUUCCUACUGCUGCAGCCGCGUGUCCACCAGCAGCUCCCACGGCGCCAUGAAGAACUCCGGCCUGCGCGCCAACAACCGUUACUACAGCGGCAGCCAAGCUCGUCACGCGGCGGCCCACAGACAGAGUCGGAUCCGCCGCAUGUGGAACGACACGGUUCGGAAGCAGACGGAGUCUUCCUUCAUGGCGGGGGAUAUCAACAGCACGCCCACGCUCAACCGUGCAGCCAUGGGCAACCACCUUUUGGCCAACCCGGUGCUGCAGACUCGUAGCGGCACGUCUCCUUACAACACGCUGCUGGCUGAGAGCUUCACCCCGCCCUCACCCGGCGUCUUCAACUCCACAGGAACUUUCCGAGACCCAAAGAUCCCAUCCAAGGCCCGCGACCCCUGCGGAAUGGAGACGCUGCCGCUGAACGGCAACUUCAACAACAGCUACUCCCUGCGUGCUGGCCCAGGGGGUGGUGACGGUGGCAGCUGUGACUUCCUGAGCAGCACCGGCGGGGGUGGAGACAGCCCCCCACCGCUGCUCAACCCACGCAGCUCGGAACCACUGGGCGGCGGCGGGGGAGGCGUCCAGCGCAAUCUCUCCGAUGCGGCGGCCUUUGAGAAGAUGAUUAUCUCUGAGCUGGUGCAUAACAACCUGCGAGGCGGGUGCGUGAGCGUGGGCGGAGGGAACGUGGCCGGGGGCGACGCCGGGGACAGGGUGUGCGGAAGCAUGGCCGGGGGGAUCCCUCGAGGAGCAGCCGGGCCCGAGUCGGGUGACAAUGACUUUCUGAUGGAUGGCAGGCAGCGCACGCCGCAGGAUGUGGAGCUGCUCUACAAAGCUCUGGAGGAGCCGCUACUCUUACAGCGAGCCCAGUCCGUCCUCUACCAGAGCGACCCGGAGGAGUCGGAGAGCUUCACGGCCGACCUCACCGAGAGUCUCGGCCACAGCGGUCAGAGUUCUAGUGGGCAGACGGGCAACAGAGCGCCCGACUCGCCCACCCGGGACUCCCUGUACACCAGCAUCACCAACCUGCGAGACUCUCCCUACCCGGACAGCAGUCCCGAGCCCCUGGAGGUGGUGCCCCGAUCGGCCCAGCCCCCCGAAGAACUGUACUACAGCUCCGGGAGGCCCGCCUUGGGCUCUCGCGGCGCCCCCAUGCAGACCUUCUACCAGGCCCAGCCGAGGAGGCCGAGCGGGGAGCCUGUCCACCAGGCUCAGGAGGCUUCCCACAACGAAGGCGACGGACAGAUGCAGCUGGUCACCAGCCUGUGACCGGAGACGCAAAAGGAAGCUCGGGGACUCGAGUGAGGGCCAGAGUUGCCUUCUAGCCUACGUCGCUCUCGCGCCGGCCCACUUCCUGCUUGUUUGGUUGCCUUUUUUUCUCUUAACUUUGACCCGAACAGUAAAAGAGACAAACAGAGUGACCUUCAGGUCCCCAGAAGACGCCUUUGACUUUUUAAAGAGCAUCGAUCCAAGCUGAGUCCCACCCGGAUCCUUUGGACCAAGUCCAGCACUCUGAAUGUACCGACCCCCCACCCCUUGGCCACUCUUCUUACCCGCCCUUAGGAACUCUCAAUACUUUGCUCAAACAAAAGUUCUGUAAUGUUUCUGGACACGAGACUAUUGUUUUGUAUUUGCUCCGUUAUUUACCCUUUCGUACCGACCAUCAUUUGCUAGUUAGCUGUGGAGACGAGCGGAGUCCAGAACGCCAUUAGGAGCAA